UGAAAGCUAUCCGAUAACUUGCUUCGCUUACGACCUCUCUUUCUCUCUCUUCCCUUUUUCGCUGGAAACUGUUUUCUCUCUCUAUCGCUCUCUCUCCAUACCUUUCUUCUAGGGUUUCAGUCUCCGAUCGCCGCCGCCGCCGUCGAGAUUCUAGACAAACUUGUGGCAAUGGAGGUCACCCAGUUGCUCUUAAACGCUCAGUCGAUUGAUGGAACUGUUCGUAAGCACGCUGAAGAAAAUCUCAAACUGUUUCAGAGUCAAAACCUUGCUGGUUUUUUGCUCUCACUUGCUGGAGAGCUUGCCAAUGAUGAGAAGCCAGUAGAUAGCAGGAAACUUGCCGGUUUAGUCCUUAAAAAUGCUCUCGAUGCUAAGGAACAGCACAGGAAGUAUGAGCUUGUCCAGAGAUGGCUCUCUCUUGACAUGGCAACAAAGACACAGAUCAGAGCCUUCUUGUUGAAGACACUUUCCUCCCCUGUUCCUGAUGUUCGUUCAACUGCCUCUCAGGUCAUUGCUAAGGUUGCAGGUAUUGAGUUGCCCCAGAACCAGUGGCCUGAGCUUGUCGGAUCUCUUCUCUCCAACAUUCACCAGUUACCAGCUCAUGUCAAGCAAGCCACUUUGGAGACUCUUGGAUACCUCUGUGAAGAAGUGUCUCCUGAUGUUGUAGAACAGGAGCAUGUAAACAAGAUUCUCACAGCGGUUGUUCAGGGUAUGAAUUCUGCUGAAGGAAAUAACGAUGUCAGACUUGCAGCAACCCGCGCUUUAUACAUGGCUCUGGGUUUCGCCCAAGCAAAUUUCAACAACGACAUGGAGCGUGAUUAUAUCAUGAGAGUCGUGUGUGAAGCAACUCUUUCCCCUGAGGUGAAAAUUAGACAGGCUGCUUUUGAGUGUUUGGUAUCCAUCGCUUCCACAUACUAUGAGAAGUUGGCGCAUUAUAUGCAAGAUAUAUUCAACAUCACAGCUAAGGCUGUUAGAGAAGAUGACGAGUCUGUCGCUCUACAAGCGAUUGAAUUCUGGAGCUCUAUAUGUGAUGAGGAGAUUGACAUCUUAGAAGAGUAUGGUGGUGAGUUCACUGGGGAUUCCGAUGUUCCAUGUUUCUAUUUCACUAAGCAGGCCCUCCCUGCGCUUGUGCCCCUACUGUUGGAAACUCUGCUUAAGCAAGAAGAAGAUCAGGAUUUGGAUGAAGGGGCUUGGAAUAUUGCAAUGGCUGGUGGGACAUGCCUCGGUUUGGUUGCUAGGGCAGUUGGAGAUGACAUUGUACCUCAUGUUAUGCCGUUCAUCGAAGAGAAAAUAUCAAAGCCUGAUUGGAGAGAGCGGGAAGCUGCAACAUAUGCUUUUGGUUCCAUUUUGGAGGGCCCUUCACCAGAUAAGCUGAUGACAAUUGUUAACGCGGCGUUAACAUUUAUGCUCAAUGCUUUAACAAAGGACCCAAGCAACCAUGUGAAAGACACAACCGCAUGGACUCUUGGUCGGAUGUUUGAGUUCCUGCAUGGUUCAACAAUCGAGACACCCAUAAUUACUCAGGCAAACUGUCAGCAAAUUAUCACAGUAUUGAUCCAGACAAUGAAAGAUGCACCUAAUGUUGCAGAAAAGGCUUGUGGGGCUCUAUAUUUUCUGGCUCAAGGCUAUGAGGAUAUUGGUCCCAACUCUCCAUUAACACCCUUCUUCCAGGAAAUUAUUCAGUCCCUUCUAGCUGUUGCACACAGAGAGGAUGCAACUGAAUCACGCUUGCGAACUGCAGCGUACGAGGCAUUGAACGAAGUUGUCAGGUGUUCGACUGAUGAAACAUCAACCAUGGUUCUGCAAUUAGUACCUGUGAUAAUGCUCGAGCUCCACAAUACUUUGGAAGGGGAGAAGCUUUCUUCAGACGAGAGGGAGAAACAAAACGAGCUUCAGGGACUGUUAUGUGGAUGCUUGCAGGUCAUCAUACAGAAAUUAGGAUCUGAACCGACCAAGUAUGUUUUCAUGCAGCAUGCAGAUCAAAUGAUGGGACUUUUCCUGAGGGUUUUUGGCUGUAGAAGUGCAACUGCACAUGAAGAAGCCAUGCUCGCCAUUGGCGCUCUUGCUUAUGCAGCAGGUCCUGAUUUCGCCAAGUACAUGCCUGAGUUUUACAAGUAUUUGGAAAUGGGUCUUCAAAACUUUGAAGAAUACCAAGUGUGUGCUGUUACUGUGGGCGUUAUUGGGGACAUCUGCAGAGCAUUGGAGGACAAGAUUUUACCUUACUGCGAUGGGAUUAUGACGCAGCUUCUGAAGGAUUUGUCGAGCAACCAGUUGCACCGGUCAGUAAAGCCGCCGAUUUUCUCCUGUUUUGGUGACAUAGCACUGGCUAUUGGGGAAAACUUCGAGAAGUACAUCAACUAUUCAAUGCCGAUGCUUCAGAGCGCAGCAGAACUAUCAGCUCACGCGUCUGGAGCUGAUGAUGAAAUGACAGAGUACACGAACUCAUUGAGAAAUGGAAUACUCGAAGCUUAUUCAGGCAUAUUCCAAGGGUUCAAGAACUCUCCGAAAACACAGCUCCUAAUUCCUUACGCACCCCAUAUUCUCCAGUUUCUGGACAGUAUAUACAUGGAGAAAGACAUGGACGAGGUGGUGAUGAAGACAGCGAUUGGGGUGUUAGGGGAUUUAGCGGAUACACUAGGGAGUCAUGUGGGUGGUUUGAUACAACAGUCAGUGUCGAGCAAAGAGUUCUUAAACGAGUGUUUGUCAUCUGAUGAUCACACAAUCAAAGAAGCAGCUGAAUGGGCAAAGCAUGCCAUCACCCGUGCCAUUUCUGUUUGAAGGGCUCUUUUCUCUGUGCCUUUCGUUUUGUUUUUCUUUUACAGUAAAGUCUGCAUGCAUCUCUGGGUGGGUUUGAGUCUGGGAAAGGGUAGAGCUGCAACAGCCGAGAGUCACAUCAUCAUCAGUUUCAUUUGCAUCAUCAGCAUUACUGGGGUCAGCAUUGAGUCAUGGAUGGGGGGGGGGGGGGGAUGAUGAGUUUUGGGGGGUAGAUAAUGAAACUGGAAAGAGACGCCGGUGAGACUUUGGCCGGAGGUGAGUAGGAGGAGUCGUUUUCAGGUGGUUUUGGGGACAAAAGGUUCAUCGAACUAUCAUAAUACUCUACUACAUUUGUUUUCAUGUCAUAUGUUUCUUUUUCUUCAACCCCUUGAGGGGAAGGUCUCUGGUUUUUUAUCAAGUGAGGGGGCAUUAUCAGAUGACACAAUCCCUUGGAUUUUUUUUUUUUACUUGUUUAGUUGCAUUCUUUGCAUCAUCGUUUUGUCACUUUCUUUUGGGGUUUUGUAUGUUUGGUUAUAAAAGCAUGUUCACAUUUUUAUUUUUAUAUAAAAAAAGUUGUCAGGUCUA